CGUUUCAGGUCAGUCCUGUUGUAGUUUAUUGUAUAUCCGGUAGGGGACCUGCUACGACCUUCAUCGUGUCGAAUCCGCUGCAGAGAAAAUUUACCAGGCUGUUAAAAGCACACCUUCAUCAUGGCGGCGCCCGUGAGGAGCAGCGAUACUUCAGUUUCGGCGCCGUCUACAGCAGCGUCCGGAGCCGAAAAUGUCCAACUACAGUACAGUGUUGUCUUGGAUCAUCUCAUCGGCGAAAGGAGACAAGUUAAAGACCUGAAUCCGAGCGUUAUGGGCGCUUUGCCGAACCCGCACAAAACGGAUGAGCAGAAGAUGAUUGAACGUGGAAUGGAGAGCUGCGCUUUUAAAGCAACACUGGCGUGUGUCGGAGGUUUUGUGUUGGGUGGUGCUUUUGGAGUCUUCACAGCUGGCAUCGACACCAAUGUUGGGUUCGAUCCUAAAGAUCCGCUGAAGACCCCCACAGCGAGAGAAGUGCUGAGAGACAUGGGACAGAGAGGAAUGUCCUAUGCCAAAAACUUUGCAAUUGUUGGUGCCAUGUUCUCAUGUACAGAGUGCAUUAUAGAAUCACAUCGCGGUAAAUCUGACUGGAAGAAUGCAGUGUACAGCGGCUGCAUUACUGGAGGUGCGAUUGGAUUCAGAGCUGGACUGAAGGCCGGGAUUCUGGGCUGUGGAGGUUUCGCUGCUUUCUCUGCUGCGAUUGAGUAUUACCUCAGAUGAACGGCUGCUCCAGAGCUUCCCGAGUAGGACGAGCUCCUAACAAGAACCUGUAAAAGAGCAGGCUCCGAACAUCGACAGACUUUUUCUUACUUGUCAAAUGAUUUUGAAAUUCUCACGGAGAACCGACUUACCAAUGCAGUGACCCGGAGAAGUGUGUAAUAUGAUUUCCGAGUGUCCUGUUGGGGACACUGUAGACAUGUCUGCUUCAGGUUGCCUUUUUAACUCUGCCAAGUGAUCUACAUACUAGUGAAAACCUUUCCAAACGUUUUCCACACAGAGGACGGCAGAAGCGGAAAGGGAUCAUGGAGAGAAUUCCUGUCACCGAAUGCUUAUUGAUGUGUACUGUAGGUGUCUUUUUUUUUUUUUGACCCAAUAGCUGUUUAUGUAUAUAAACAGACAACUACUAAAUAAAAUAUGAAACUUUAUAGUGGGUUUUGGAAUAGCUGGAUGACAUCUGUGGUUAAAAAUUUACGAAUGUUUUUGUGGUUUAAAGUUAAAUGUCAGAUUAAAUAUAUGAGAGAACUCUUA